AUGGCUCCGCAGGUCUGUUCCUGUAAACCGUUUAUCCUCUACACUGAUGGUUCGGCCAUUGCUACUGGUUAUGUAUUGCUCAAUGACGAUCAUGUUAUUGAGGACGGCACUAAGCUCAGAUCUAAGUCGGAUAACAAACAUAUCAACUUAUGUGGAGUGGAUUGGGACAUCUUCCAACUUGGCAGAUGUGCCCUGUAG